UUUUCCUCUCCCGCAGUCGCAGCAUUCUUCUGGCAAGCGCUGCUUAAGAUAUCCGCAUCUCUUUGAACUUUCUCGUCAGAUUGUGGGAGUUAGAGCAGGGAGAAUGUCUAGUACUCCAGUAGCUGUGGUGACUGGAUCCAACAAAGGUAUUGGGCUGGCCAUUGUGCAGGCUCUAUGCAAGCAGUUCACCGGGGAUGUGUACCUGACAGCCCGGGACAUCGAAAAGGGCAAGGCAGCAGUGGCAAAGUUGCAGGAAGAAGGGCUGAAGCCACUGUUUCAUCAGCUGGACAUCGCUGAUCUGCAGAGUAUUCGAACGCUUCGUGAUUUCCUGAAGGAGAAUUAUGGAGGAUUAAAUGUACUAGUCAAUAACGCAGGGAUUGCUUUCAAAGUUGCCGAUACAACUCCAUUUGCUGUCCAAGCAGAAGUCACAUUGCGAACAAACUUUUUUGCAACUAGGGAUGUUUGCAGAGAGUUGCUGCCCCUGAUGAAACGUAAUGGAAGGAUAGUGAACAUCUCCAGUGUCAUGAGUGUCCGAGCACUUGCCAGGUGCAGCCAAGAGCUACAGCAGAAGUUUCGGAGUGACACAAUCACCGAAGAGGAACUAGUGAAACUCAUGGAAAAAUUUGUAGAAGACAGCAAGAAGGGAGUGCAUGAGAAGGAGGGUUGGCCAAAUACUGCUUAUGGGGUGUCCAAAACCGGAGUGACCGUUUUGUCCAGAAUUCAAGCCAGGCUGCUGAAUGAGACGAGGAAAGGCGAUGGUAUUCUCCUGAAUGCCUGUUGCCCUGGGUGGGUCAGGACUGACAUGGCAGGUCCUAAAGCCACCAAAUCUCCAGAUGAGGGAGCUGAGACUCCAGUUUAUUUGGCCCUUUUACCCCUGGGUGCUGAUGGCCCUCACGGCCAGUUUGUUAGCGAAAAGAAAGUACAAAAGUGGUAGCUGUUCAGUUCUGCUUCUGGAUGUACACCUUGGAGAUUCUACAUACUUGGCUUGAUCUAGCAUUAAUAAUCCCAAUGCAGAACUGGCCUUCUCCACUGGAAUCUGCAGUAACAGUAAAGAUGCCUUGUAUAGCAAUGGGAGAAAGUGAUACAUAACUGCAUAUAUUGUCUGUUAAGAUCCCUGCCCAGUCACCUGUUUGGGGUAGAUGUAUGAGUGUAGCACCUUGUGAGCAGACUUUUGUUAUACAUGCUCUUCUCUGGAUUUAGGCAGGUAUUCCAGCUGUCUUGAAUGAUACAUGUUUUCAUAAUGUGGAUUUGUAAAUCACUUUGCAGUUUGAAUUUUAAAAUGUGUAUACAUUUGUUACGACUGCUCGGGUAACAAAUCCCAGUUUAGUUCAAGUGGAAUCAAGGAGGUGUAAGGCCCUGGAGCAUUCUGGUCAGUAAUUCCCACCCCACACCCCCUGUUGUGCAUUCCUGAGGUACUGUGAAGGGACAGCACAAGGGCAUCCUGUGAGCAACAAAAAUAACCAAGAGACACUGAAAUAAAUGUUAUCUUCUUCCUUGGCAGACUUCCCUCAAGCCCAGCAGACCUAUCCCAUUGUUCAAAGAAAGCAUUAGAGGAAAUCACUGAGUUUUCUCAGUGUCAGCUAGAAAAACACACACAAAAUCACCUCAUACCCAGACCCCUCCUUCUUCAAGGGAGUUGGAAGAGAAAAAGUGUCUUUAAAAGUCAAGGCUUGAGAGACCGGGGGGGGGGGAUAAUGGCAAACUGAGCUCCAACACAUGUAACUAUGCUCUCAAAGAACUGAACGUGGGACUGCAGGGACAGAACAGGCAGGGAUUGUGUGUCUCUGCACAAGCCUUGAGGCAAACAGAUUCCUUUCUGGUUUUGGGUCAGAGCUCCUUCACAUCACUUCAGCUGUAUUCCACUGUCCACUCCUGGGCCUAGGAUAGGUAAUCUACCUGUCACUCCUUAUAGUAAUAGGGUCCUCUGAUCUCUUUAGUUUAAAGUCAUGAAUGGGUUAAGAUAUUAAUGAUUAAUGCUGCCAUGCACCCAGUAAUUUUGUAAUGCUAGUCUUCUCUUUUCUCUCAAUAAAAGAAAGCUUUGCUUUAGUCUA